UCUGGGAUCGCACCCCUCAACUCACUUCUCGCCGAUUGGCAGCCCACCAAUCAAUUCCGGCUGCACGGAGUGCAUCAUUGUCCAGCGUUGCUGUGGACACACCCUUAUUUUUUAUGUGGGUUUCCAUAUUUAGGCCGUUUGUGCGUUUUCUCUUGGUGGUUCACGGCCUGAAUUUCAAAUCAGGGCGGUUGUGAUAGAGCUGAUUGACAUCGGCGAGACUCCCUUGAUGGUAGUUGAUCUAAGGACGUGAAUCGUGUGUGGUUGGAGUCGGUAGUUAGUGCGGAGGUAUACUAGUUUCCCGAUUGUGAGAAUGAGUGCUGUGAGCUCAGAUAUUGUGUAAUGCGACUCUGUUUUAGUGCAUCUAAAUGGGGAUUGGGUAUAAUUUUUCUUUUGAUGAUCAUGUGCUUGUGUUCAGAAUUGUGAUGUUACUUGUGUUCUAUUGAUUCAGAACCUAGUCAACUGUGGUGUAUUGAACUGUUUAGCAGCGGAUUUGAUUCGAUAGUUCUAGGGAGAUUUUUGGAUGUACCUAUGGUUUGGCGUCCCCAGCACCUAUUUUGCUUCAGUACCAUAGAACAUGUUCUCGAUGACUUAGUUGGUGUGUGGAUGAUUAUCUGUGAGAAAAACAUUAAAAAUUAAAAAAAAAAAAAAGAAACAAUAAUGAUGAGUUUGUUUGUACGAGUUUCAUGAUCCUCCUCGGACCGAAGAGGUUUUCCCUUGAUGUGGAAUGCCGCUGAGGUGAUUCUUACACAUUUUGCACUCUUGACCUCCCCUAUCCGACUUGUUUCGGACCACGCAUCGCCACCAUUUUCUAUUGCGUUAACCAGGAUGAAUUCACCUGAUGUCCCUGCAAAUGCCUUUGUAUUGAUAUACCUUUGUUAGAAAGACGUAGGCGAUUUUAUUUCUCUUUGAAACCAACAUUGUGGGUAGAAGUCUGCAUAGGAAUCGGCAACUUUUAUGAUGUGAUUUUGCGAGGGAGGGGUUGUAUACUGUGAUUUAACGUGAACAAUUUCUGCAAUCUCAUUUUGCUUGACUUGGUGCCUAGAUCACAGGUACAUGUUGGUAAAGGCUGUCGAAAGUCUCAGAACGUAAGAUCUUCAUCUUGUGAUAAUUUUCAGCUAGUUUGAGUGUCCCGGCCGCUUGGAACAUUGUCAGAUCAGCUGCCAAAUUGACGCAAGAAAUUAUCAGAAGGAGACUGUCUAUACGAGGUGUCAUGGCUGAAGUGACUGAUUUGAUUGUCAAUCCUACAUUCAUAUGGGGCUCAGACCAUGGAUGGCAGCCCCUUUGUUGCUCUUUGUCGAUCAACGAUACACUCCCUCAAUGCGGGCGUCCACCAAGUGGACAUCCAUUUUAUUGCGUUGCACACAAUCGGAAAGAAGCGUGGCAGGGUAUUAUGCAGGACAUUUCUAACCAAAUAAAGGUAAGUUUGGAGUACAAUGUGGAAGCUUGCGUUUCCAUUUCCGGCCCUGUUGAGCUAGCUGAUGUGCGGGUCACAUUGAAGCUGGAGAAUGCAGGGAACAAUGUGUCUUACGUUUCUCUUGCCAGCGGUCCAGUCUCGAAACAAGAGUGGGCGGUUCUAAAGGGCAAGUUGAAAAUUGACGCAGCACCUGUCAAAGCUUUGGUUUACUUGGAAGGUCCUCCAGGGGGAGUCGAUAUACUUGCAAGCCGUUUUUCUAUUACUUCUGAACUAAAAGAGCCGGAUGUUGGAGGAAAUGUCCUUGUCAACCCUACUUUCAAUGCUGGACUCGAGGGAUGGUGGGGUUUAGGGUGCCAAGUUAUGCAUUCAGGUGUAAAUGAUUGGAAAGGCAUCAAGGGUCCAAGUGGGAAACCUUUUGCUGUAGCAUUGAAUAGGAGAGAGGGGUGGCAGGGGAUCGCGCAAAAUAUAACCGAUCUAGUGCAGCCUAAUGCAAAUUACCUUUUGGCAGCGAUGGUCCGUACCACAGGGAGUUCUCAUGAAAUACCUAAUGUUUCGGCCACAAUUAAACUUGACUUCGGAGGUUCCAACAUACGUUACAUACCUGUCGGAAGAGUGAAGGCAUCGAACACGGAAUGGGUUUUGCUCGAAGGCAAGUUUAACUUGGAUUCACUUGCUCGAGCGGCCAUUUUCUAUUUAGAAGGACCUCCCAAUGGUGUUGAUCUGCUAGUGUCCACAGUCGUUAUCAAACGUCCCAAUCCGCCCCAGUGUCAAGGAUCGUCUGCUAUGAAACAGGUAGAAGAACACAAUACUCAAAUUCGAAUUUCUGAAAGCAUCACACAAAAUGCAACCUUUGCUCAUGGGCUGCAAAAUUGGAACUUUAAGGGCUGCAAUGGUCUCGUGUGUGACUCCUUAGAGGGUUCGAAAGUUCUCCCAUUGGAGGGGAAAUUUUUCGCCGUGGCAACCCAACGUACAGACACCUGGUCUGGUAUUGAGCAGACCAUCACGAAUCGGAUUAACCUUGAGACUAUGUACGACGUUGUGGCUACUGUCCGCAUGUCUGGCAAUUGUUCCAGGGCACCUGUGCGGGCUUCUCUCUAUCUUCAAGAAGCUGACAAGAGCGAGCGUUACAUCACCAUGGGAAGCAUAGAGGCAACCUCCACGGAGUGGAAAUAUUUGAAGGGCAGGCUGAUAUUGUUGAAAGCACCUGCUAUAGCAUCUGUUUAUUUAGAGGGUCCGCCUCCGGGAACAGAUAUUCUUGUGGACAGCUUUCUCAUUCAACCUGCAUCGAAACCAGAGGCAGCUGCGCCCCCUGUAAUUACGAAUCCCAAAUAUGGUGUAAAUAUUGUGGAGAAUUACGACCUAAAACAUGGUCUAAAACAUUGGUUUGGCCAGGGCUGUGCACAGCUUUCCAUUGCAUCAGGAGCCCCUACUAUUGUUCCACCUGCUGCCGCUAUGUCUCUAGCGUGCCCUCCUUAUUUGAGUGGAUAUUGUCUUAUUGCUUCCAAUCGAACACAGUUUUGGGAAGGUCCUGCCCAAACAAUCACCGACAAACUAGAGCUCUAUGUGUCCUAUCAAGUCUCGGCUUGGGUACGAGUUGGAAGAUGUCAGGGUAAGGUAGGGCAGAAAGUGAAUGUUGCUUUGAGUUUGGAUGGGAAGUGGGUGACGGGAGGAGACGUGGAAGCUGAUGACAAGUCAUGGAAAGAGAUAAUGGGAUCAUUCCGGUUGGAGAAGAAGCCAAAACAUGCGAUGGUUUAUGCUCAAGGUCCAGAAUCCGGAGUGGAUCUUAUGCUUGCUGGAUUGCAAAUAUUCGCGGUCGACAGAAGCGCUCGUAUUCCAAUCUUGAAGGUUCAAGCAGAUAAGGUCCGGAAACGAGAUGUAUUUCUAAAACUAAAAAAUGGAAACAACUGCCCCGUUCCGUCUGGCAUUUCUGUGAGGAUUGAGCAGACGAGCAGGAGUUUUCCACUAGGUUCUUGCAUCAACCGUUGGAGUCUGGACAAUAACAGCUACAAGCAGUUUUUCCUCCAAAACUUCAACUGGGCAGUUUUCGAGAAUGAGAUCAAAUGGGGUUGGACUGAACCACAACGUGGCAUUUUCAACUACAAAGAUGCAGAUGAGAUGAUUGAAUUCUGCUUGCAACAUCAAAUACCAAUGCGUGGCCAUUGCAUCUUCUGGGAAGCAGACUGUUCGUGUCAAGAUUGGCUCAAAACACUCUCUCCCACAGAAGUGGCGGACGCUUUACAGAAUCGAGCGGUUGACCUGCUCAGUCGGUACAGGGGAAAAUUUCAACAUUAUGAUGUAAAUAAUGAGAUGCUUCACGGAUGCUUCUUUCGAGAUCGGUUGGGUCCAGACAUUUUACCGUAUAUGUUCAAAAUGGCUCACCAAUUUGAUCCUGAGGCUGUUCUUUUUGUAAAUGACUAUCAUGUAGAAGAUGGGGAAGACGGGAAUUCUACCCCUGAAAAAUAUGUUGAACAGAUUAAGUGGCUGAUGAAAAAAGGUGCACCAGUUGGAGGCAUAGGGGUGCAGGGUCAUGUUGAUACUCCAAUCGGUCCAAUCAUUUGUAAUUCUUUGGACAAAUUGAGUACCGUGGGCUUACCAAUAUGGAUGACUGAAAUUGACGUUGCAGCAGAUAAUGAGUAUAUCCGAGCAGAUGACCUUGAGGUAAUGUUAUGGGAAUCCUUCGCUCACCCAAGUGUGGAAGGAAUCAUGCUGUGGGGUUUCUGGGAAGGGGCAUGUUCAAGAAAAAAUGGUUUCCUUGUUGACUCAGACAAACGUGUCAAUGCCGCUGGCAAGCGCUUCAUCUCUGUGAAAGAGGAAUGGACUACAAGGCUUCAUGGAAGAGCCGGACAAUAUGGUGAACUUUGUUUUCGGGGUUACUAUGGACGCUAUAAAGCUAUCGUAGACUUAGGAGAACUUGGUGAAGUUGCCGUGGAUUUUGAAGUUCCAAAAGGAAAUAGGACCUUGGUUCUUGAGCUGUCACUGUAGUUAGACCCGAGUUAGGAGGUUAGGUGAAAUUUAACUUGUAGUUUUUUGUAGUUGUAGAUGGUUGGGGGAAUUGAACCCAUAGCGUUGCUGGGCUUUACCCAGACUUGACAACCAUAAUCAGAGUCGAGUUAUUGAAUACAGGGGAGACAAUAUUUAUAUUCAAUAUUUUUCGAUUGGAUGUAUAGUAAAGAUACUGAAAAAUAUCGUUUUGGCUAUCUGAUUACACGA